AAGAUUCCACAGUCUUGGUCACAUUAGCACUCUCUCUUUCUUUCUCUCUCUACACACCGCCUUUGAGUCUCUCUCUCUCUAAACCUCUCUGAAUUCCAGUUGGCUUCAAAUUUUGGCGUGCUUUGGCUCGCAGAUCCGGCUACCUCUGAAUAUGAGUAGCUUGGUAGAGAGGCUUCGUGUUAGAUCAGAUCGGAAGCCAAUAUAUAACAUUGAUGAAUCAGAUGAUGAUGCUGAUCUUUUGCCUGGAAAACGUGGGACAACUCAGGAAAAAUUUGAAAGGAUAGUCAGGACUGAUGCGAAAGAUAAUUCAUGUCAAGCCUGUGGGGAAAGUGGGAAUCUUCUUUGCUGUGAAACAUGUACUUAUGCUUACCAUCCUAAGUGUUUACUUCCACCGCUGAAAGCUCCUCUUCCUGGCAACUGGAGGUGUCCUGAAUGUUUUAGCCCUCUAAAUGAUAUUGAGAAGAUAUUGGACUGUGAAAUGCGCCCUACUGUUGCUGAUGAUAGUGAUGCCUCAAAGUUGGGCUCAAAGCAAAUUUUUGUAAAACAAUAUCUUGUUAAGUGGAAAGGAUUAUCUUAUCUGCAUUGCACAUGGGUGCCAGAGAAAGAGUUCCUUAAAGCGUUUAAGACAAAUCCUCGUCUAAAGACGAAAGUAAACAAUUUUCAUCGUCAAAUGGCAUCAAGCAAUAACUCUGAGGAGGACUUUGUUGCCAUUCGACCCGAAUGGACUACUGUUGAUCGGGUUCUUGCUUGCAGAGGUGGUGAUGAUGAGAAGGAAUAUUAUGUGAAGUGGAAAGAACUUCCCUAUGAUGAAUGUUAUUGGGAGUUUGAAUCUGAUAUUUCUGCAUUUCAACCAGAAAUAGAGAGAUUCAAUAGAAUUCAGUCUAGGUACUCUAAACUGUCUUCUAGUAAGCAGAAAAGCAUCCCUAAAGAUGCUAUGGAAUCAAAGAAGAAGCAGAAAGAAUUUCAACAGUAUGAACAUAGCCCUGACUUUCUUUCUGGAGGCACACUACAUCCUUAUCAGCUUGAAGGGUUAAACUUCUUACGUUACUCUUGGUCCAAACAAACUCAUGUGAUACUGGCUGAUGAGAUGGGACUCGGAAAAACCAUACAGAGUAUUGCUUUCUUGGCCUCUCUGUUUGGAGAGAACAUUUCUCCACAUUUGGUGGUUGCUCCACUUUCAACAUUGCGAAACUGGGAACGUGAAUUCGCAACAUGGGCACCUCAAAUGAAUGUUGUUAUGUAUGUUGGCUCUUCCCAAGCUCGUGCUAUUUUAAGGGAGUAUGAAUUCUACUUCCCUAGAAAUCAUAAGAAGAUAAAGAAAAAGAAAUCUGGUCAAGUUGUUAGUGAAAGCAAGCAAGAUAGGAUAAAAUUUGAUGUCCUUCUUACAUCGUAUGAGAUGAUUAACUUGGACACAACAUCAUUGAAACCAAUAAAGUGGGAGUGCAUGAUUGUUGAUGAAGGUCAUCGUCUCAAAAAUAAGGAUUCAAAAUUAUUUUCUUCAAUGAAACAGUAUUCAAGUAGACAUCGUGUGCUUUUGACUGGAACUCCUCUUCAGAAUAAUCUGGAUGAACUUUUCAUGCUUAUGCACUUCCUUGAUGCCGGGAAGUUUGCAAGUUUAGAGGAGUUCCAGGAAGAGUUUAAGGAUAUCAAUCAAGAGGAGCAGAUUUCAAGGCUGCAUAAAAUGUUGGCCCCCCAUCUUCUUAGAAGAGUAAAGAAAGAUGUGAUGAAAGAACUACCUCCUAAAAGGGAACUUAUUUUACGUGUUGAAUUAAGUAGCAAGCAGAAAGAAUACUACAAAGCAAUCUUGACUCGUAACUAUCAGAUACUAACUCGACGUGGUGGUGCACAGAUUUCCUUAAUCAAUGUGGUUAUGGAAUUGCGCAAGCUCUGUUGUCACCCUUACAUGUUAGAAGGAGUUGAACCAGAUAUAGAAGAUACAAAAGAAUCUUUCAAACAGCUCUUGGAAUCUUCUGGAAAAUUGCGAUUGUUGGACAAAAUGAUGGUGAAGCUUAAAGAGCAAGGCCAUAGAGUUCUUAUAUAUUCACAAUUUCAACACAUGUUGGACUUGCUAGAAGAUUACUGUACUUACAAGAAAUGGCAUUAUGAACGGAUAGAUGGCAAGGUUGGUGGCGCUGAAAGACAAAUAAGAAUAGACCGAUUUAAUGCCAAAAAUUCUUCCAGAUUUUGCUUUCUGCUUUCAACCAGAGCUGGUGGCUUAGGGAUAAACCUUGCAACUGCUGACACUGUUAUCAUAUAUGACAGUGACUGGAAUCCCCAUGCCGAUCUACAAGCUAUGGCUAGAGCCCAUCGACUUGGGCAAACUAACAAGGUGAUGAUUUAUAGGCUCAUAACACGAGGAACCAUUGAAGAAAGGAUGAUGCAAAUGACUAAGAAGAAAAUGGUUUUAGAGCAUCUUGUUGUCGGGAGGCUAAAGGCUCAAAACAUUAACCAGGAAGAGUUAGAUGACAUCAUAAGGUAUGGCUCAAAGGAGUUAUUUGCUGAUGAGAAUGAUGAAGCAGGAAAAUCCCGCCAAAUUCAUUAUGAUGAUGCUGCAAUAGAUAGAUUACUCGAUCGUGAACAAGUUGGAGACGAAGAGGCUACAUUGGAUGAUGAUGAGGAAGAUGGGUUUUUAAAGGCCUUUAAGGUGGCAAAUUUUGAAUAUAUUGAAAAAGUAGAGGCUGUAGCAGAGGAGGAAGCACAGAAGGCAAAAAUGGACAAUAAGCCUUCCGUGAGCAAUCCAGAAAAAUCAAAUUACUGGGAAGAGUUGUUAAGAGAUAGAUAUGAGGUGCAUAAAGUUGAGGAAUUUAAUGCUUUGGGUAAAGGAAAGAGAAGUCGGAAGCAGAUGGUGUCUGUUGAAGAAGAUGACCUAGCUGGUUUAGAAGAUGUUAGUUCUGAUGAGGAUGAAAACUAUGAAGCUGAGCUGACUGAUAGUGAAACACCUUCGUUUGGAGCGCCUUCUGUGAGAAAGCCUCACAGAAAGAAAUCUCGUGUGGAGGGUACUGAGCCACCUCCUUUGAUGGAAGGCGAAGGGAGAUCCUUCAGGGUACUGGGUUUCAAUCAAAAUCAGAGGGCAGCAUUUGUGCAAAUUUUGAUGAGGUUUGGGGUUGGGGAUUUUGACUGGAAGGAGUUUACAUCUCGCAUGAAGCAGAAGACCUAUGAAGAAAUCAAAGAAUAUGGAACUCUUUUCUUGACUCACAUUGCUGAAGAUAUCACAGACUCCCUUACCUUUUCAGAUGGUGUACCAAAAGAAGGACUCAGAAUACAAGAUGUACUUGUUAGGAUUGCAGUUCUGCUUCUAGUAAGGGACAAAGUUAAGUUUUCAUCAGAAAAUCCCGGCACUCCACUUUUUGCUGAUGACAUUGUAUCACGCUACCCAGGGUUGAAGGGUGGAAGAUCUUGGAAGGAGGAACAUGAUUUAUUAUUAUUGCGUGCUGUACUGAAGCAUGGGUAUGGAAGAUGGCAAGCGAUUGUUGAUGACAAGGAACUGAGGAUUCAGGAGGUGAUUUGUCAAGAGUUAAAUCUUCCUUUCAUAAAUCUACCUGUUCCAGGACAAGCUGCUUCUCAAGUGCAAAACGGAACAAAUACAGCUAAUGCAGAUGCACCUGGCAGUGGCACCCAGUCAAAAGAAAAUGGUGUUGGGAAUGAUAUAGCAACUGAUGUUACACAGGGGACAACUGAUUCUGCAAACCAAGCGCGGGUAUAUCAAGACUCUUCUAUAUUAUAUCACUUUAGAGAUAUGCAGAGAAGACAGGUUGAGUUUAUCAAGAAAAGGGUGCUUCUCUUGGAAAAAGGGCUCAAUGCAGAGUACCAGAAAGAAUAUUAUGGUGACAUGAAAUCAAAUGAGAUUGCAAGUGAAGAGCCUGGAAAUGAAGCUAAGGUCACAAAUGUGCCAAAUCCUAGCUCUGUGGAUGUUGAUACCCAAGUGGUUGAUCAAUUGCCUCGAGUGGAAACAUUUACUACGGAAGAAAUUUCUACUGCAGUUUGUGAUGAUGACCCAGAUCGAUUAGAGCUUGCUCGACUUUAUAAUGAGAUGUGCAAGGUUAUGGAGGAAAACCCCCAGGAAUCAGUUCCCACAUCCUCAGUGAACCAAUUGGUGGGAAGUGUCAACUUGAGCAAGAACGUCCUUUCAUUAGAGACCAUUUGUGAAGAAAUAAAUCGCAUUCUCUCCCCUGGGCAGGCAAAUCCUUCUCCUUCAGAACAAAUAAUACUGAAUUCAGAGCAACAUUCUCAAGCCGAGCAGAUCAAUGUUUCAGGCACCAGAUCUCCAUCUGCCCAUCAAGAUGACGGCAACCCUACUUCCAUGGUGGAAUCUGAGAUGAUGGAUAUGGUGUCAGAGUCUAAACCUCAAAGUGAAAGCAGCAAAUUAAGGGAGUCUGAUCCAGCAAAAGAAAAGAGUGAAUCAUCUUUAAAUGUUCAAGCUCCUACUGAUCCAUCUCCACCUCGGGUAGAAGGCACAAGCUUGCCUGAUGUUACUGGAGAUGAUGUGAUGGAUGAAAGGAAGGAUGGUGCUGCAUCGAAUGGAAGCAACGAGAAAUCAGAAUCAGGAGUCAUAGUUUUGGAUGACUGAAUUCAUACACAUUACUGAGCCUCUGCUUAGUUAUAGCCAUUUUCAUGGUUUUUUAAUAGUUAAGAGACACAGACUUUACCCAAAAAUAAUAUAAGUGACCGGAAUUGCUUUCACAGUUUAAAAAAUUUCUGCUAUAAUUGACUGGGAAUUUCUUUCACAGUUUAUAAAAUUUCUUCUUUAGUUUCAAGUUCCAAGAUGAGAAUUAUUGUUAAGAAUUGCUUGAAAUAUGUUGGUACUUUUGCAUCUCAUAUUGCCCAAGGACUGGCCAUGCUAGUAUGGGCAUUUGCUUCAUUGGAAUAUAGUAGCUUAUCAAUGAUGAAUAUUGAUUGUGGACGUAAA